UGUCAUGCAGAGCCCUGUCGUUGUGGUCCUCGUUUAGUAGUACCUAGAUGAGAAUAUCGUCCACGCAUUCACCGCCAUGUUACAUCUUCACAUUCAGGAGACGCACAGGGCGAACCCAUGGAGGCGGGAGCGGGCCCACUAACGUUAUCAACUCAGCUCUUCAACUCUAAAGCCGGGGGUCUCACAAUAGCACAUGCACUCACCUCAGCUCUCCGAUAUCGUACAGUACAGUACAGUAACAAAACCAUCUCCAAUCUCGACAAUCUCGUAUUUCACUCGGUAUCUUCAAUAUCCACAAUGACGAAUACAGAGAAUCGUGCAUCCGUCCCUGUAAGCUUCCUCGACGGCGGCCUCGGCACAUCCCUAGAAGACAAUUACAGCAUCACCUUCGGCCCAUCAACCCCCCUCUGGUCCUCCCACCUCCUAGUCUCCGAUCCAUCAACCCUGCUGCGCUGCCAAAAAGAUUUCGGAGACGUCCCCGUCGACGUCAUCCUCACAGCAACAUACCAAAUCUCUUUGGAAGGUUUCGCAAACACCAAAACUAUAGAGUAUCCAGAUGGCAUCGCACCGGAACAUGUGCCUCGCUUCCUCGAGACCGCCGUGCAAAUCGCAGAGCAGGCGAAACAGCGCAGUUGCGGCGUUGCGCUAAGCAUUGGCCCGUACGGCGCUUGCAUGGUCCCCAGCCAGGAGUUUAGCGGCAAAUACGACACCGCCCACGAUUCGGAGGAUGAUCUCUUCGCCUGGCAUCGCGAGAGGAUGGAGGUCUUCGCCAGCAUCAGGGACAUCAGGCAGCGUGUCCGGUACAUCGCCCUUGAGACUGUCCCGCGCCUCGACGAAGUUGUCGCCAUGCGCCGCGCCAUGAGUGCCGUCCCUGGUCUCUCAUCGGGAGUUCCCUUCUGGAUCUCCUGUCUGUUCCCCAAUGAAGACGAAAACAUUCCAGAUGGAGGCUCUCCCGAGGCUGUCAUCCGGGUAAUGCUGGACCCGUCCCUCGCACCGGCAGUUCCCUGGGGCGUGGGCAUCAACUGCACAAAAGUGUGGAAAAUCGAUUCUCUGCUGCGCCGAUACGAAGCUGCAAUUAAUCACUUGCUGCAGGAAGGCCUUAUUGAAAAGUGGCCUGCAUUGGUGCUAUACCCAGAUGGAACAAACGGCGAAGUGUAUAAUACAACAACCAUGCAGUGGGAAAUACCGCAAGGCACGGAACAGCAAGACAGAGUUCCGUGGGAGACGCAGCUCGCGGAAGUAGUGAGGGCUACAGAGGCGAGAGGCAAAUGGCCUCAGAUCAUCGUAGGCGGGUGCUGCAGGGCUCGUCCGAGCGAUAUCCAAAGACUUCGGGGGUGUCUAAGUACUUGAUCCUAACGCAAUACCUAACAAGAAAAAGCAAACAAAAAGACUAAAAAAAGCACGCAAGAAAGAAA